AUGCGAAUAACGGCUGCCGAACCAGGCAAAGUCAACUUCGAGCUACCGAUUGAGAAACACCACACGAACCGAUUAGGGAUUUUGCACGGCGCGACGCUCGCCACGAUGGUGGACACGAGCGGUUCAUUAGCACUGGCUUCCCGAGGACUUUACUCGACCGGCGUGUCGACGGACCUGAGCGUCACUUAUCUCAACGCUGGCGGUAAGAUUGGCGACUUGAUCAAGGGCGAGGUCAUCUGCGACAAGUUUGGAAAGACGCUUGCCUAUACCUCGGUCAAGUUCAUGAACAGCAAGGAUGAAAUAGUGGCUCGGGGCAGCCACACCAAAUUCGUUGCUCUUGCAUGGAAAGAUGACAGGAACAUCACGGAAGACUUGAAGCCAGCAGUCAACGAGUCAAAAGCAAGCGAAGCCACCCGAACGAGCUUCGGUGGACGUAAUCAUGUUGUAGGCGAAUAG